UUUUUUCGAAGUUGAUUUUCGACAACAAGCUAGGAAGAACGUUUUCUUCUUCUAACACAGUCAAAUUCAACGACAUUAUUGAAGCAUUUGACGGAAAGCAGAGGAAGUUCCCUGAAUCCAGAACGCGGUCAAUCUCGACAGCAACAUCGUUCAGAGCGAUAUCGAGAACAUCAACAGGGAAUAUGUUUCAGUACACAAUAAUAUGUAUGUUCUUCCUGAGAACAUGUAGUCCAAUGGAGCCACUGAGUAUCACUGUAUCAUCAGGGGCAUUUUUCAAUGAAAUCAAGGAAGCGAUUACCUACGAUAAGAGCAUCCCUUUAAUAUACACUCAAAAGACAAUAACAGAAGAAUCCAACUUUUCAAAUGACUUAUUGGAAGUAGAAAAAUAUUGUAAAAACAAAAACACAACUUACUGUCAUACUCUAAAACAAUGUUCUUCAUUGUUAAACACUCUUAACUCUAACAUAGACAAAAAUAAAAAAAACAUGGAAAAACUAGAAGAAAUAAGUAACAAUAAAAUCAAAAACUAUAGAACAAGAAGGGGAAUACAAUUCAUUGGGGAUUUUUACAAUUUCUGUUGCAAUAUAGCUACAGAAAAACAAAUAAAACAUUUUUACACUAACGAAGAAAAAUUAAAGGAACAAGCCGAUAGACUUAGAGAUGUUUUCGUAUCAGAUCAUAAAGAUCUAAAUACUAUUACAACCCAACUUAACAACUACACAACAAUAACGGCGGGUAAAUUAGAGAUUCUAAAGAAAAGCUUGGAACAAUUUUACGAAGAAGAAAGGGAUAACGGUUUGUUAGAAAAUGCAAAAAUAGAUAAAGAGAUUAAAGGGAUACAAGAAAUCAUUUUUUAUGUAAUUACAAUGUUAAUAAAAUUCAUAAAUUAUGAAAGGGAAUCAAGUACACACUUACACUGCAAAAUAGGGAAAAUUCCUCCAAGACUCAUUAACGUAAACAUACUAUAUGACGAUUUACGAAAAUUAACAAAAAUAUUAAAAAAGGACGGAUAUGAAUUAGCCAUCUCAACAGACGACAUUUCUUCAUACUACAACAUCCCAAUAACAGAAUGUCAAUUUUCUAAAACAGAGAUUUUAGUAUAA